GCCUCCCUCCCAGAGCGAGACAGCCAAGGGCACGCGGGCCUCGCCGCAGCCCAGCCUGCCAGCGCCUCGGAGGCGGGGGGGAGCGAGGGGAGCCGGCUGCCUUCGCCCGGUGACCUGCCGCGGAGCUGCUGGAUUGGAUCACUCCCAGACGACCAGAAUUCUUAUUUUAAAAUAUUUUUUGGGUGGAUAAGAUGUGCCAUGGAAUGGUAGCACCAAAGAGCAACACAGCUUCACCACUUGCCUUGACUGGUCAUGGAUUAUUUCUUCCGUUAAUUAUCUUCAGUUCUUUCAUCUUGGAGGGACUGACCUCAGUUUGCCCCCGUCCGCCGGAGCCUGAGAAUGGAGGCUACAAAUGCCAUCCAACUCCUUGCAGUGACCCUCUGACAUCCGACAGCGUCAUAGAGUAUGUAUGUGAUGAAGGCUACAUGCUAAAGGGAGAUUACAAAUACUUGACGUGCAAGAAUGGAGAAUGGAAUCCAGCCAUGGAAAUUAGCUGUAGGCUAAGCCAAGAUAAAGAUUCGCCCCCAACAAUCGGGGUGCCCACCCUCUCCAUAGUGGCCUCCACAGCAAGUUCAGUAGCUCUGAUCCUUCUCUUAGUUGUACUGUUCGUUUUGCUGCAGCCAAAGCUGAAGUCUUUUCAUCACAGCAGACGUGAUCAAGGUGUAUCUGGGGAUCAGGUCUCCAUGAUGGUGGAUGGUGUCCAGGUGGCCUUGCCGUCCUAUGAAGAAGCAGUCUAUGGCAGUGCAGGGAACUGCAUUCCGCCCUCGGAUUCACGGGUACAGAUUGUGCUGUCAGAGGGAGCUGGGCAAAGUGGAACAAGUGAGAUGCAGCAGCAGGACCAAGGGGCUCGGGACUGCUUUGUUGGAGAGGACGAGGCCCCAGGACGCUCUGGACUGUGUGAAGCCAGUGGUUCUCAACACUCUGAAACUGUUCUUGUACACCAGGCCACCACCUCUUCUUGGGUAGCUGGCAUGGCAAGCAGUAGACCUGUGCACAAAGAUGCUCAAGACUCAGAAAGCAGUGACAUACAAAGCCUUUUAUCACUUACUUCCUCGGAGGAAUACACAGACGAUAUUCCAUUGUUGAAGGAAGCAUGAGGCCUGCUGCACUUGUUUAGCCUUCUCCCUCUUGGUUUCCCCUCUUCUUCCUUGGGAUGCAAGCAUUUUGUGCAGCCUUCCCUAUCUUCAUGAGCUGGGCCCUGGAUACUUCCAAGCAGAGACCCUUCAGCUGAAGAUCCAAAGGAUUUUGCCAGGUUGUCUCCUCGAUGCGCCAUUCGGGUUGGUGCGGUGUCGGCCUUCCCAUUCCAUCUGCAUUAGGGGCUUGAGUAAUGUAAUGGAUUUGAGCUCCUCCCUCUUCUUCCCUCCCUGUGCCAGAUGUUUGACUGCAGCCUCUGGAGAGCUGCUUAUUUACUUGUGCCUUUCUCCUUCUCACACCGGCUUGUCGCAGCUUCUCACAGGCCUCGCUAGCUCUUCAGCAGCCCAGAGAGCAGGGACCAAGAACUGCUUGCUCAUUGGGUGCAGACAUAGUUUAUAUAAAGACCUUUCUUCCACUAUCCUCUUGAUGACUAGGGCAGGACAGAACUCUCCAAGAGGGCUGAACCUGGGCUUGGGAGAAGUCCCAAUAUGGGUAAUUUACACUAUCCAGCAGUGCUCAUAGUUUUUAAAAAUAAAGUGGUAUGUUCUGUAACUUAGAUGCAUAUUAACAAUUAGGCAUCACUGACUAUUGUAAAGGCAGAGAAGUCUGACAUCUUUUACAAGAUUUUUUUCUUCCUCCCUUUCAUGCCUUCUUUGUUAUCCCCAUAUCUUCCCCACAAAAUACCACAUACACCCUUGAUGUAGCAGAGUAACAGUCUCUCUGCAAGAUUCCAUUCCAAAAAAUUCCACCGUCUCCUCCUUUCAUCGACUUCACAAUCCACUCGAUUUUUUGUUUCCUGAAGUCUAGGGCUGUGUCUACUCUGAGAAAUGUCACCAGUUCCUUCCAGUGCCAGUCUAGCACAGGGGCAGUGCCUGGUGCUAAACUCAAGGAGAAUUUCUGCAAAAAGCUAGUUGUAGAGAAGACCUAGAAGCGAAAAAACCGUACAGUACAACCCUGAUUAUCUGAUCUCCAGUUAACCAAGCCUGUGUUAACUGCAGGUUAGUCCUGUUCCGCUGACAUGCUGUGCCAUGAUCGUGGUCCACUUUAUCCAAAGGCCUGUUCUUUUGCAGGUGUCGGGUGUCUGACACUUUUUUAAAAUAUCAGUUGUCCUGCAUAACUGCUUGUGUUUGCCUGCCACCAACUUUUAACUUGACAUGACAGUAAAAAUGGAAGAGUCAUUUAGAAACAUUGUCCCCUACUCCCUCAAUUUUCCAGGAAACGUAACAGCUUUUUAAUGUGUUCCCUGGAGUCAUUGGCCCUUUUUUAUGUUUACAGUUUUGUCCGCAGAAAUUUUAACAUUGGUUUGUGGUUAACAUCCCCGAUUACCUGGCAGGAGAUACCAUAACACAGGGUACUCAAAUACAGCAUUACACUUUCUGAAUAGUUGCAGCAUGUCUUCAUAACCUUAAAUGGAAAGAGUUGUGCUGCUGUUUUAUCCUAAUGAGACCUCUUUGUGCAUUUGGAGCUGCUCCCACAUGUCGGCCUCUUCUUCAUGGGGAAGGGGAACAGUAUGUUUGCUAAAACCCCUUCUGAAGAGUGGAGUUGACACAGUUUGGUUGCAUGGCCAUUAUGGAGACAGCAGAGCAGUUUUUAAACAGUUACCUGAAGCAGGACCCUCCCCAGUCCAGAACAUGAGUUUUAAUGACUCUCUUGACAGAGCUGUCUUAAAAUAAGCCUAGAAAUACAUUCCUUGUCCCUGGUGUAUGUAGGGCCUGGUGUGACACACUGGAGGUUGUUACAUGUGUCGUUUCCCGCAUGAAUGAUCCUGCACAAGGGACAACUGUGUCCCAUGGCCAAAUGCAUGUUUGGGGCCUGGUGGUGGAUUUAAAGGAGUUAAGCAGGGAGGACAAGAGAACAGGUUCCCUGGAGUUGGUUCCAGCAGCAGUGCUUGACCCCUUAAAAAAAAGUCUCUGCAGCUCAUUAGUUGAACUAAGGCAAAAGGGGCUGGGGAUGGAGGUGUGCGUGCUCACCCCAGUACCCUAGUCAGGUGAUCAACCAGCAGUUGUCCCCAAAGGGAAGCCGGUAAAUUUGUAUUUGAAAUGGAGGGAACAAUGAGAUGUGGCUUUACUCAGCUAAUUGUGACUUCUGGCUGAAUACCUCAUCCCCCCCUUCCUCUCCCCUUUAUAAUUGUACUCCCUGCUCAGAGCAAUGAUUAUAUUAGAAUACUUAAUGUUAUAUAACACUUUAAAAUGGAUUAUUGCUGCAGUAACUGAGGUUAGGCUCCAGCUGCAGUGGGCAGGGAUUGGCUGCAGUGUAUAGCCAGCAACCUGCCUCCUCUGCUCAUUAAAUUCCCUGAUGCAUUUGCCUGUUAAUUCCCAGGACAGCUGUAACAGUGGGUGUGUAUAUGGGGAACAGCUCUAUUUUCCCCCAUCCCGUGUAUGUUGUAAAUUAAGAUGCAAGAAUUGUUUUAAAGAGACACUGUCAAGUUAAAAACAGUACGUUUUAAACAAACUUCUUUACCUAUUACAACACCCUAGGUUACUGCAAGAAUUUGAGAAAUCCAACUUUCACUAUCCUUGGUGGUUUUGUUUCUGUCUCAGUUUGGACAAUUAAAAAAAAAAAACUUGUUUCAUUUCCAGCUUAAUGGUGCUGCAGUAUUUGGCUUUCAGACAGUGCAGGCAUAAGUGUAUUAGUUUGUAAACUGUUUCCAUUGGAAUUUAAAAAAACAUCAGCAUGGAAAUAUUUCUACUGUUAGUUUUAAAAUUGUUCUUCUACAAAAUCCCAUGUUUGAAAUAAGUGUCCCUAUAACCUGGUCUCUCACUUCUUAUCAGAGUGAAAAAAUAGAAUGAAUUGCUCUCUAAUUAGCUUAAGGUUCCCUGGUAACCAGAGCUGACAUGCAGCAGCCUGGGUGCAAAGGCCAGGUGCCACACUUUUCAGCUGACAGAAGAGCAUUCUCUUAAUGAAGCUGGAAUUUGAUCCCAGGGCCUGACCUUGCUUUGAAUGCUGAAACUGACAGUCAUGCACCUAACAAAGCGCAUAGUGGCUGUGUUCACUAACCCCCCACUCACAAUAGUGUGGUUAGCCACCAGUCUGAGAGAAAUAAUCAACUGGAGAAAAACAGAAGAAGGGGACCUUAAUUUUGUUUUAUAGUCCCUCAGAGUUUCUUUCCCGGGAGGGAGGGGUUUGGGGCGAGGGAAAAGAUGUGGCUGUAAUCAGCAGAAAUAGACAAUCAAUGUCUCUUUUGAUUUUAAGAGGAUAAAACAGCAGCUACUGAUACUAGAUCAUGGCUUUUUGUGGGAGGAUCUAACUGUACCCUGCUGGCUGUUAAUCUCUGAUGCCCCUAGAUGCCUUGGUGGUUGCAGAAAACCAACGUGCCACUUUCUUCUGUAGAAACAUCCAUGCAGACUAGAGACAUUAGAUCCGAUGCAAGCCGGAACAAGCAGAAACAGCUUUUGGGUUCUUGUGUUUCACCUUCCCAAGCAUUCCACUUUAGAGUUUACUUUCAUAUAAAAUGAGAUCGAAUGAGGAGGGGAAAAACCUGUUUUAAAAGUCCAGCAGAUAAGUUUUCAAAGAAAAAACAACCCUUUUUCUUUACUGAGCAACAUGUGGACCAUUACCUUCGUACCUUUAAAGUCUUAGGGAGACUUGAAGGGGCAGGAAUCAAUUUCUGGGAAGGGAAGAGAGAGAGAAAGAUAAGUAAGAUGCUGCAGACUCAGAACUCCCGUUUUAGUCAGUGGAAGCAAGAACUUCAGAAUUCAGCCUUAAAGAACCCUUGCUUAUGAGUUCUCCCAUAACUUGAUAGCAUUAAGUUGGAGUGAAGAAUACAUUUCUUGCUGGAAUCAUAGACCAGAGUAGUCAAAAGGAGGCUGUCCCCCUAUAGCCUUCCCAGCAUGAUGCAGUUUUGUGUUGUCUUACACAUGCUGUACCCUGAAAUGCUUAACAAGAACAUUCAAAUGAUUUAAUUAUACAUGAAAAUUAAAAAUAACUAGCACUUUUAUUAAAAUAAAAGUAUAAGGAGGUACAAAACGUAAAGGGACUCUUUCAGGAUAAAUUUACAAAACACU